UAUAUCCGCCAAGGGUUCGUGUAGUGUAACGUAAUCAGAAGCCUUGGCUAGCGAAGAUGUUCAUUACCUGUAAUCCCAGAAAAUUAGAUAUAUGCUAAUUACAUAAUUGAUAAUGAUUUGAAUUGUGAUAAAGAUAAUGAUCAUCUAAUCCUAAAUCCAGCUUGUUCAUGUGGUGCAUAUUUUGAAAAUGCUUAUCAUUAUUUCCUUUUAUGUCCACUCUAUAGUAUACUGCCUUUAGACACUAUACUUAAAUAAAAUUGUAAUAUUUCUGACUAUAUUGGAUAAUCAAAUGUAGAGUUACAGUCCAACCCAUGCCAGUUAUAACGAAUUUCUAGGGACUACUCUUGCAAAUGUUUUUGUACAGGUUUCAUAUCGUGGGGUCGAAUUACCAAUGCAUGCACAUAUAUACAGCACAUAUGCACUCGUAUACACAAGUUUCAUGUUACAUUUUUUACACUAAAAAAUAAAUAAAAAAACUGCAUGUUAGGUUAAUAAUUUAAAUAACAAAUAAUGUAUGCAAGUGGUAUAUUCAGUGUUAAUUAUUUAGACCUCCAAAAUAUACCUAAGGUCACAUCCUGCUACUCACGUUUUGCAGCAGCUGAGAAAAAAAUGCUGACUAGUCUAGUGUGUGUUAAAUCUGAUUUUGCUAACAAAUCUAUCAAAAUUUUGAAAACGCGAUCAUCAACGUCAUUUUGGUUUUUUACAAAUGAAUUUAAUUUAUCAAGGCAUUCAUGGGUCUCGCAAUCAGUAACACAUGUUUCUAGGUCACUGUCAUUGUCAUCAUCAUCAUCAUCCUGAAAAAGAUUUGCUUUUGUUUUUUGGUUGCAUUCUCCAUAGCAUAAAGCUUAAGUGUUGUUUAUAUAAAUCCCAACAACAAAACAUUGUUUAAUUGAACACUAUUCACUCACCUGUAUGCAUGUCUACAGCAGUACUCUAUAUAUAGAGCGCACAUGUGUCUGUAUGUAAUAAAGAUUAUGAAAACUUUCCUGUGUCACACUUCGCUGAUUCUGACUUGGAUACUUCAUAUCAUAUAUAUAUAUAUAUGUGGGUUUAAAACAAUACAAACAGUGUUCAACGGACUUGGGCAUGUUUGUGUAAUACACAGGUUUUCUUCGUCACUGAUUCUUAUUAAGUGUCAGUAUAACAAUAUAAGAAUAAUGAAAACAAUUUGUAGGGGAUUUGAUUUUCAUUCGUAUUAAGGGAGUUUUUGUAUUAUCAGAGUUUGUAUUAAGUGGGUUGGACUGUACUUACAUUUGGUAACUGUGAUAUGUCAUUUCAUUUGAUGACAAUUAAUAUUAUAACCAAAGUCCAGAACUAUGUUUUAUAUAUUAUCUACCAAUAGAUUUAAUUAAAACCCUGGUGUAUAUAUAAAAUUUCGAAGUACAAUUUGUACCUUCAUCAUUGUCCCUGAUAUUUCUUUUUGGUUACAUAUAUAUGUAGGUACAAUUGUAUGGUGUGUAUGUCGGAGUGAGUGUUAUUUGAAUGAAUAUGUUGUUAUUAAGUUAUGAGAAUUAUAUUAAUCUACUUCAUGUUGUAUGUAAAUGGUGUGUGUAAAUCAGUAUGUAUUGUGUUGUAUAUUUCAUCACAUUUGAUCUGUGGCAUGCUUUUUAUGAUAUAGAUAUGUAAUAAGACUUAUAUACAUAUGUAUAUAUCUGAAUCAUUUUAAAUGAGAUUAGUAUACAACAUGUUCUAAAUAUGAUACAUUUUAACACAAGUUUCCCUCUAGCUUCAUGCUAUUAAUUAAGUACAAGUGAGACUUUCCUUUAGCUUGAUAAAAUGGGUAACAGACUUGGAGGGUUGACUUAUACACAGGUUCAAUCCCCAUCUGAUCGAUGCAUAUAACUACCUGCCGUCAUCUACAUGAUAAAUGUAUACUUUCGUUCUGUCUUACAUUUUCAUUAUUAUAUAACAUGUACAUAUUCAGUAUAUCCAUAUUAGUUAAUUACAGUUAAAUAACUGGUUCUUAUACAUUGAGUAAGCUGUACAGUAAAGCUCCCUGAAAAAUGAUUUACUAAUUUGUAUAUAUAUACUACCACAUAUAUACAUUGAUAUACAGUCACUGUAUGUGAAAAUUAUUAACAAAAGGAUUCUUACACUUAAUUGUUGCUUAUUUGAUAUCAAACAGGGUUGUGAUCAUUGGAGCCUCCUUCCAUACUGAUGUUGGUUUGGUAAAUCAAGUUACUGGAACACCAUGUACUAUGAAACAUCCAGGGUAUCUUAUGUCAAAAGCAGUGUACAUUUAAAUCUUUCAAUUAUGCUGCUGUUUUCCUUUAUUUAUGGCCAUAAAUGGAGCGAGUUUACAUUCAUAUCACACUGAACAACUCAUAACAUGAAUUAAAGCAUUGGUAUUUAACAAAGAACAGGAACAAUCCUUAAAAUUUCUGUGCUGUGUUCAUAAUGGAGUUUGUGUAUACAGACGAGCCAAUGAAGAAGGCAGAUGUUUGUGGUCAGCUGCACAAAGCAGUCAUCCAAUUCUGUGAGCAGACAUAUGCUGGGAUAAGCCAUAGCAACCUAGAAGUGGAUGGUAUCAUCUGUAUUUCCUUUUCCAACUCUUGUGACCAACAUGUUGUUAAAAUUCAUGAGAAGCUAGGUAAAGGAAGGAAAGAAGUAAGCUCUAUUGAAGAGAAUGUCAGUGAUUGUUUAAGUGCUAAUAUAAGUGAGGAAAAUGUUUCCGCUGCAAACUCUCGGUCUUCAUGUGGAAAUUACAACAGAAUUUCAGAUGAAGCUGUGAAUUCUGGUCCUCAAACAGACAGUGAUAUUUUAUCCUACGAUGAACAGGAUAAUGCAUCACUUCAUUUAGAUGCUGACACACAUAUUGAGACCUUUAGUGAUGAAAAUGUCAACAAAAAUGAAGUACAAAAUGAAAAUUUGUGUGGAGCAAUGAACAAUUCUGAAAAAUCUAGGAAAGAAUUAAAAAAUUUCUCGCCUAAGGCUGAUGCAAGUCCCUGCAAAAAGAAGAAACAAUUUGUAGAGUCUGUGGAAGGAAAUUAUGUGAUAGUAAAGGUAGAACCAGAGGAUUUGGAUGCUGAAGAACAGGAAAAUUUGAAGGAUACAAAUGUUGUUCAAAGUUGUUUUAGCCAUACUACAAAGACCUCUUCUUUCUCCCCAAAGAGUGGAAGCUAUAUACGACAAGACUCUGUAGAGAAGCUAUCUGUUGUAGAUGACAGCAAUGACACAAUGUAUAUGGUUACUUCAGAUUUUAAUUCCAGCACCAGUACUGAAACAUAUCCUUAUCAGCCCUCUGUCCAUAACUCUAAAUCUCGAGACAGAGGCAGCUUUACUCAAGGAGAUUCUUCCCUCCAAUUUGUCAAUAGUUCAUCAACACCUGAUGUGUCUGACCUGAAUCAACACGAAGACAUAAAUGAUUUAGCAAGAAAUAGUUAUCCACAGAAUUCUGUAGUCCUUGAUCCGUUUAGUACAAAACAAAUGAACAAGAAGCCAAACAGACGGAGCACAGGGUCAAUAAAACAGUCGUCAAAAAGUGAUGAUUUUGUUCCAACUGUAUUUCAAAAUUUCAACGUACCUUUAGCUCCCUUAGAUCCAGCACCUGGCCCUCUUCCUAUCAGCUUGUCAUCAACCAGCUUGAGUACUGGCUAUAGCUCUGACACACAGUUGAACACAAGUCUGCCAUCGCAGUAUUAUAAUUACAACAGUAACUCAUACGCAAGCAGUUUUAGUAUUUCUAGUGCCAGUAGUCAGCUUCCUGGAGCUAAACCAAGAUUGUCUUCAUCUACAAGGUCUCAUGGUAGCUAUAGUAACAGAGGAAGAAGCAGUGCCUUAUCACAUGCCAAACGUUCAAGUGUUGUAGCAGUGUCCAGAAAUGCUAACUUUUCUACAAAACUCCUGAAGAGGAAUCAGAAAUCUGCAGUGCCUAACGUUGACUUAGACUCUAAAUCACACUUUGCUGGUCCACUUUCUGACAGUUUUAUUCCCAGUCCUAGUUGUAAGUACAAGGUUGGACAGAUGGACACAAGUAGUGGGCAUGACAAGCUCUUUUUCUGUAGGUAUUGUGGUAAAGGUUUCACCAUGAAAUGUACACGAAGUCGCCACGAAAAGACAAUCUGUUCCCCAGCUGGGGCUGGCUCAUACAGAUGUGAACUUUGUCCCAAGUCAUUUACACGGUCAGAUAGCAGAUACAGGCAUAUGUAUAAAGCCCAUGGCAUCCAAUCCUGAUGUAGCAUCCUGUCUUCAUUGAUAAAGACUUUAGGUUUAUCACUAGAAGAACAAUUGUCAUGUUUUUGAAAUUUAUUUAUAUCAAAGGACUAAUAACUAUCAUUUCUGCUUAUAAUAUAAUCUAAUGCCAUAAAAAAGUCUUUUUUAAUACCUUAUUUUGUCACAACUUAUAUCAUUCUUCUAAAACAAUACAUCUGUAAAAAUCUAAUAGACAAUCAUUCAUUUUAAUGUAAUAACAUUUGUUUGAGUACUAAACACUCGUAGGGUUAAUAGCCCUGUCCCUGCCUGUCAUGUGUGUUCAAAGUGUUUAUCAGUAAAACUCAUAUUUGAUGUGAUAAACUCUGUACAUGUGAUGUUUUUAAUAUUUUAUUAUUUAAAAUUUUAUUAUUUAAAAUUUUACUCUCUUAUCAAUAACAUUGAUGUUUUAUAUAUAUGCUCAUCAAAAAUUUGAUGGGAAUAUUAGGGUAUGGUGAUCAUGAUGUCCAUCUGUCUGACAUAAACUUUUGUCUGUCCAAAUAUGGAGAUCCUUCUACAUUUUUUUUAUUGAUCUCUUUGAAACGUAGAAGGCUCUAUAAUCAUGAUGUAUGAUAUUGUUUUCAAUCAUCUGUUUUUGCAAAUGAUAACUUAUUUCAGUAAAUGAAUCUUGUCCAGGGAUCUCCCACAGUUUCAAAUGAAUGCUUUUGAAACCUAACAUAUAUAGUUGUGUUUUCUUGAGCGGCAUUUUGAUUUGACCUUUUUUUUUAAAAGAUAUGAUUAAGAUGCAUAAGAUAUGAUUCAGAUGCAUAACAUGUUGAAAUAGUUACAGUAUUUCUCCUUUCUUUGUUUUAGUAAUUUAAUCAAAAUACUGAACACGUGUUGUGUAUCUUUUGACUUUGUUUUAAACCAAUCUAUUUGAAAUUGAUUCUUGGUAUGAUUUGUAACGAUGGCAUAUUCAUGGUUUCUUAAUUAGAAGCAGUAUUUUUUAAACAAUUCUCUUUAUCACACUUCCAUAUUUUAAGCAUCUUAUCCCAGAGCUGUCCUAUAUAUAUAUAGCUCACAGUGGAAUAUUUUCUGGAUAAUUAUAUAAUUUCCCAAAAUAACCUCACAUGCUAAACAGGCAUGACCUUAAAAUUGCUUUACUUUACUAUGUUAAAAGAUAAAGAUAUAAAAUAGAGACGCAUGGAGAAACAAUUAUGAUAAAAAUAGGUGCCAAUCACAGUCUUAAUCAUUAGCCUUUAUGCAAAUAUUGAUGCAUCCAUAUAAAGUAAACAUUUAUUCAGAUGUUUUAUCCUCUUUAUAGUACAUGUUCUGGCAUCAGUUAAAAGCUGAUAAAAUGUCAGAAAAAAUCAUACGCUCAUAUUUGUCAAACUGUAUGUAAUAUUAAUGCUUGUUGCAUACAUCUGUUCAUCUAAUAAGUUCUCAACUGCAUGUUGACAGAAAUAAAGUGCCUUAAAAUAAA